AUGGAUCUGAAUACUACUACUGAUUAUUUGAUCAGUGCAACCACAGUAAAAAGUAACAUCAGUUUCCCUGAUCCUCACCCAGUAAUUAACCUGGCGAUUACCAUUUUUUCAUCUAUCUUAUUCACUGUUGGUAUCAUAGCCAAUGUCCUUUACUUGUGGGUGCUAAGAUUCAAGAUGAAAAAGACAGUCAAUACUCUCUUAUUUUUCCAUCUCAUUCUCUCAUAUCUUAUUUCUUCAUUAAUUAUGCCUUUCAAGGUCAUCUCCAACCUACAAGCCAAUCACUGGGGCUUUGGUAUUGUCAUGUGCAAAGUCUUCAAUAGCACCUUUUCCUUGGGGAUGUUUGCCUCUGUUUUUAUUCUGUGUGCCAUCAGUCUUGAUCGCUAUUUUCUUACUCUUCAUCCAAUAUGGUCAAAGAAACACCGAAACAUCCGCUGGGCUUCCAUCACUCUCAUGGGGAUUUGGAUCUUUGCAACUGUCCUCAGCAUUCCCCAUCUGGUAUUUCGGGAAACCCAAAAAAACACAAAUGGAGUAGUCAUCUGCAAAAACAACUAUGCUUUAUUCAAUAAUCAGGAAAGCCAGAAAACCGAAGCACUGAGGAAAAGAAUCCACAUGGCCUUAUUCAUUAGCCGCCUCUGGCUAGGUUUUCUUCUGCCUUUAUUCACCAUCAUAUUCUGUUAUGUUAGAGUAGUCCAAAAAUUAAGGCAGAGGGGCCUGGUUAAGUCCAGCAAACCCUUCAUAACUAUGAUGACUUUUAUUGGCUCCUUCUUUGUCUGUUGGCUGCCCUAUCAUGUCUACCAUAGUUUAUUUUUCAAUGAGACGCACACACUAGUCAUAAAACUGACUUAUAUAGUUACAGCCAUUACUGUCUCAUUUAACAUUUUCUUUUCUCCCACAUUUUAUCUAUUUAUUGGGGAGAACUUCAAGAAAGUCUUCAAAGAAUCUAUUGUUGCUUUGUUUGAGUCAGUUUUGCAUGAACAGUCUUAUUUAGAGCAGUCCCAAAACCCAAGUACAAUAAAAUCAUUUUAAAUUGUGGAUUCCCAAGCUAAAAUAUCAGAAAGGAUCUUCUUUCUUU